AUGAGCGAGCUUCUCAACUACAUCCUCUCGCAGGAUUCAUUCAGAAAAAACCGCCUACCCUCGCUCUACUCGGAUUUCUCCAUUCAGAAAAAAACAAACCCAGACGGAUAUAACGUGAAUGUCGCCGCCUGGGAACAGGCCUUAACGAAGGCCGCGAGACACGGAUACAUCUCUCGCUCAGCUACCGGGAAGGCAGAUGCGAUGCCGAACCACAAAUCCGAUCAUCUGGUUCUUCGGGUAGAUGAGGGAUUGUUGCGGGACUUGGAAAGCCCGGAAUGGGGCCGGCCUGUGGGGUUGGCUGCUGUGUUUGAAGAUGCUACGUGGAAUCGCUCGAUGGUUCCGGUCCAGUUGUAUAAGGCUAGCGGGACGAGUCUGCGGAAACCGCAGUGGGGUAUUAUCGAUACAAGCGCUCUGAGUCCGUGGACUGUGAUGAGCUGGGGGCUGAAGCAGUUAAAGGGUGUUAUGAUCGGGUCGGGCUCGGACCAUGGUCCACGAGUACAAGCUCAGGAGCUAGUCCUGGUUCAAAAUCUACAGGAGACCGGGGAGCGCCUGGUGAAAGAAGUGAUGAGCAAAACCCCAUCAAAGGCGGAGCUGAUCUACUCAAGGGAAAGUUUUGUGGAGAGUUUCGCAACGAUUCUAGAUGACGGCAGCGCCUUGUCCAAUCCAGAUUUCGAUAUUCUAUUACUCUAUUUAUCCCGUGAUAAGGCGGCCAUCGCGUACGAUGGCAAGACAAUCAAGUUUCGGCCCACAAACGACUCCCCCAAGGACAUUACCGAACAAGAUGCGGCGAUUGCCUCUAUCAAGGCAUUAACGGCAACCAUGAUAAAGCAGGUGCACAACCUUGAGAGGAAGAUCGCAGAGCUCAAUGCCUCUGCGAAAAGCGCUCUACAAAACAAAAACCGUGUCUCAGCGCUCGCUGCAGUGCGCUCCAAAAAGCUUGCCGAACACAAUCUCCAACAGAGACUAGACACUCUGACGCAGCUGGAGCAAGUCUAUAUCAAGAUUGAGCAGGCGGCGGAUCAGAUCGAGUACGUCAAGGUAAUGAAGGCAAGCACAGGCGUUCUCCGAUCACUCAAUACGCAAAUUGGUGAUGUCUCCAGAGUUGAGGAUGUUGUUGAGGAGUUACGCGAGGAAAUGUCCAAGGUUGAUGAAAUCGGCAAUAUCAUGAAUGAGGUUGGACCUCAGAUUGAUGAGAGCGAAAUCGAUGACGAGCUCGAGGAACUCGAAAGCAAGGAGCGAGAGGCAAAGGAGGAGGAGGAAGCCGAGCAAACUCGCAAGAAGCUUGCGGAACUCGACAGCCUUGGUCUGGACGCCAAAGAUGCUCUGCGAAAAGCCGCAUUAGCGCAGAAUGUCGAGUCUGCUCUAGAGGAGAGUAUUGGGAGACUGUCGCGGAUGUCGGUAGAGGAAGGUGCAGAAGCCACGGCUCAAUGA